AUUAGAACCUUAGUGUUGGUAAACGCCCUGCUCUUUAAUUGCACAUUUUUUUUGUACGGAGAAUCAAGAAUAAACAAAUUGCAAAUUUGUUUUAAUUAAUUUGUUUUUAAAUAAAAUCGAAGACGACAUUCAAGAUUUUUAUUAUCAGUUGCAUAAACUUAGUAUUCAGAUAAGUGAGUCUCACAAAAACCAGUUACGAGAUUAACUUUAAUAUAACUUGGCUUAAUUAGUGAUACACAUGUUGAUCAAAGCUCUUUUGUACUACUACAUAAAAUAUAAACAUGCUAAAUAGUGAAAAUGUGUCUGGUUUUUAAAAAUUAAUUGCAAAUAAAGUGUUAAAGUGGGAUGACAUCUUAUAAAUCAUAUGCUAUGUGAUAUGUGAUAGUUGACCCUUUAGACUUAACAUGCCCGACUUCUAUGAACUCUUGAAUGUGCCAUCCACGGCCAGUUUCGAUGAGAUCAAGUGCAGCUACAAACAAUUGAUACUACAAUGUCAUCCCGACAAAUUGCGACAGCUCGAUGACCCAAAUCCGGGAUCGGAGGCCCAGAACAGUGACUUCAAUGCGAUAAACGCGGCGUGGAACACGCUGAAAGAUCCCAUUAGGCGCAAGCACUACGACGCCGAACUGCUGCAGUCGAAAUUCCGGGCGCAUAGCAACAUCUACGCCACCGUUGUGUUGAGUGAAAUGCAGCGGAUCCAAGUGGAAAUCGAAGAAGAUGACGACGAGGCACCGGCACCUUCAGCUCCACCUCCCUGCCAAGCAUCUGAAUCAGAAUCAGAAUCCGAGGCGAACAAAGGGCCGGCGACAAUGUGGAGCUACGCGUACGACUGCCGAUGCGGCGGUCAGUAUCUGUUCGAUGGACCCGCAGACGAUGAUGAGUCACCCGAAGUGAUUGUGGAGUGCAACGAGUGCUCUUUAGUGAUUAUUGUGAAACAAGCCGCAAGUUGUAAAUAAAGAAGAAGCGAGGGAAAC